AUGUCUGGUGAAAGUCGAGGUGGGGUGGGUGGAACAUGGGUAGGGUGAAUUUAUAUGGGCAUAAUGAUUAAAAAUUAAAAAAUUGGCCCUAGGUCCUCACCCAGGAGGUCAGGAACUUUCUGGGCCAGCACCUCCCAGCCCUGGUUUCACUCUCUCCCAACCUCAUCCCCCCACCACCACCUCGUUUUACCCACCACCACCUCAGCAUCGUAUAAUCCGUUAUUUAUUAUUCACGAUUCUCAUGGAAAAUAACCUUUGGAGCUUUCUCAGACGGCCAUAAACAAGCCCCGGCACAUUAAGUGUCGAGAUUAAUGUAACGGCCGAGCAUGUUGCCAUUCUUUUAUUGGAUUGAGUUGGUGUACCAUCAAAUUGGGGCCAUCAAUCCUCCUCCCAAACCCAUUUGUAUAAUUUUUUGCCGAAUUUAUUUCGUUUCCUCAGGCAUUUUUAAUCGAAAGAACCCAGUGUUCUAACCAGCCGGCUCGGAAUUGAGUCGCGCGUCUUAUCGUCCUUUUCUAUAUUGUCUUAUAUUGUUGUAGGGGCUGUGUUAUGGAGAAGGAUGGCUAAAGAUACUUUCGUAACUUUCUUGUCUACUUUUCAAUGCCAAGGAUUAGGUUUGAUAUUUUAUCAAUCUCGAUAUUGUUGUAGACCCAACACAAUAUUUUCAAUUUCAUGUUCAUAUUUUAAUAUUUUUGGCUAUAAAAUAAUUUAAAAUUAGCCAUUUUGUUACCUUUUUGCUCAUCCAUAAGCCGAUUAUUGUUUCCAAUUCAAUAUUUUUCGAUUUUAAAUAUUUUUCGAGCUCACCUUGUUCCAACCAAAUAUCGUUGUAGGUGCUGGUUCAGUUGGAAGUUGGAGAGAUUCUUGGCCACACGGAACGUGAGGAUGUGGCAGAUAUGACAACUAGUCCUGAACAACCAGAUUCCGGCUCUAAUGGCACUAGUAAGUUGUUUUAGCUAAUUAUCGCUGAUAAACAAGUUUCGUCUAGGAAAUGAGUCAUCGUGGCAGUUUAAAAGCAAAAAGUAAGAAAAUAGAUUUUGGAGCAGAUAAGAGGUUAAGUACACAAAGAGUAAUAGUAAAAUAUUUGCAAAGUAUUAUAUACUUAAAUUGGAAAUUUAAUACGUCAAGAUGACGGAUUUUCUGGAUUUUUUUCGAAAUGGCUUCAAAUGACUUUUUUGAGUAUAAACUUGGACAAAUUAGGCAAAAGGUUGAUUGCUAGACGAGUUUAAGUAGGUUUUAUUAAUUUUGACAAUCUUGUGUCAUAACAUCUGUCAGAAGCGGCAAUUAAACCGAUUGGCGUGACGAAGAUGACCUCCAGAUGCUCCCUAAUUAACCAGCUCUUCAUACUAAUUAAUUUCAGUAAAUUCGACCGCAGAUCCGUCACAAGCGAACGUUUGUCCGCCCUUCUUCUCGAACCCUUUCAUGGCCCCAUUCAUGCCCCAACAGCCUCAGGGAAUGCCCCAGAUGAAUGGUACCCAGAUGGUACCGGGUCAGGAGAUGAAGAACGACUUCAGAGUGAACCCUUUGACCGGAGGCUACUUCCUGUCGCCUCAACAGUAUCAGGAGAUGAUGCAACAGUACAUGCACGGUCUUCUCGUGGCCGCUUCUCAGGGACAGGAUCAGCACGAUGUGGUAGGUUCACAUAUACUGGUACUAAACAUAUACUGAUACUGCAGGGUAUUAUUAUAAAGUUUUUGGUUCUGAGAGUUGGGUACUAUUAUUCUAAGCUUAAGACAUGGUGCAGAAUCGAAGUAAACAGCCUGCAAGAUAGCCCACGUUACCUACAAAUCUUGAAAAGAAUAUAAUUAUGGCCCUAAUUGCCUGAGGCAGAAUUGAUUAACUUUAUUUGCGGAAAGUGGUUAAGGAACUGUAAACAGAUUCAAGGCUACUUUUACUACUGUUUACCGUCAACCUUUUUGACUAAAAGUGCAAUUUUGUAUGCUUUUUUUGAGAAUUGGGGGGUAGGAUGAAAUGGGGACAAGUUAUACGAAGGAUAAACUUUACGUAAUGACAAUUGUUUGAAAAUAUGCUAAUUUUGUGUAAAAUACGAGAAUAAGAAUAAGUAAUUGAAAAGGAAGUUAUACGACAAAAUUUGUUUCCAGAACUCGAGUAAUCCCUUCUUUUCUUCUGUAACGCCUUCCAACAUGACAGCGUUCUCUCAAUGCACUUUCAGCUCGUCAUCUACACCUUCUAAAACGACCAGGACUCUCCCAUCGACCAGUUCUAGUCCAGUUCAAGCGAAAGACCGCGUCCAACAACAAUCGCCAUUCAAUUUCACCGAUGAAAUCAACAAUUUACACAAGGAGUUGGGAUGUAAGUUUAAUCAUUUAGUUCUCGGCUAUGGUUGAGUAUUGUGGGAUUUUGACUAACGUUUUAAAGCCUUUUACUGUAGUAAUUUUAGUUUUGUGCUAUCAGUUUUUAAUAUUGGGGUUUUGACAGCUGAAGUUUAGUUUAGUUUUGGUGAGAAAUGGGCCGUGUAGGCUCGGUCUGACCCAGCUCGGCUUGACAAUCGGACCGGCCUUGAGCUAAAGUUGAACCGAGCCAGGGUUGAAAAGUGGGCCUGGGCGUAAAAAAUAAAAAAAAAGUUGUUCUUUUUGUUGGGCUAGGCCGGGCUUAGCAUUUUUUUUACCAGAACGGCCCUUUCUGAGAAAACAAUGAAAACUAGCCGGGCCUAAAUGUUGGGCUUGGGUUUGGCCUGGUCUUAAAAAUUGGGCCUGAUCCGAUGCGUUUCUCAACCUUAAUCAAAUUGACAAUUUUGCUUGUUUAUGUAUACAUUAAUAUAUCUAUGUUCGUAUUGAUAUCUUAUCUUAUCUUUAGUAUGUUUAUGUUAUGACAGGUGAUUCAUAUCAGUCUAUCAAGAAAUAUGAUUUUUUAAAAUCAUUUUAAGUGUUCACAAAGCAGGAAGUGAUUAACCCCUCCAUUAUAUGUAAGAAAAGUCUUACAACUUUUGGGCUUAUGAUAACAUAAUAUUAUAUUGGUUUCUUUGAGCUCGUUAAUUUUUAUAUUUUUGAGUUUUUCAAAAUUUGAACUUUUUUGAAAUUUCAAAUUUUCAUGAAAUUUUUAAAUUUUGCCAUAUUUCGAGAUAUCCUCUUCUCCCUCCGGAAACUUUUGUCAUGAAACAGUUUAAGCGCGCUCUCGGCUUCUUUAAUUUGCUCGGGAUUAGAGGCCCUGAGGCCGUCGUUUGCAUGCGAUGGGAUAGAGCCAGCCGGCUGGAUAUUUAUAAUUGGCUUUCUUUUCGCGCGAAUUAAUUCUUCUUUAUUACAACAACAUAUCUGGGGUUGGUAGAUGAGUUCCAAUAAUAAAAGUCCAUAAAAUGUGUCAUUGGUCACAAAGUUGUGGCAAAAGGUUGAUUUGAGGUAGUAUCUUGGGCAUAACUGGUCGGUAUGACACUUUUUUGUUGUCUUAGUAACAGAACCGAUUACUUUUUCAUUACUUUUUUGGUGUUUUAGGUAGUUGAAUUGUAAAAUUGAGGAUUUAGGAAGAAGUAUUGGUUUAAAAUGGCAGAAAAGUUGGUGAAAAAAGAAAAGAUAUUGUUGUUAAUUAAAGUUUAUUGGGGUUUUAGUGACAAAAAUUGAAGUAAUAGCUAAAAAAAAUUAAAAAUUGUAAAAUUUAUUUUACAUUGGUCGAAAAAUACUUAAAAACCAUCAUUUUUUGCUAUUUUUUACAGUUUUUCUUAACUUUCAGCACUUUUUUCAUUAUUUCCAUGAAAUUUUUGAGCUAAAAUAACGUAAUCAACCUAAAAUUUUUUAAUUUUUAAAAACUGUUUAUUUCCCUCAACUUCCUUAUAUGACAUUUCUCAAACGUUGCUUUAGUAGUUGAUAAGCCCCACUGAUUAGGCCUUUACUGUCACUUAAACGACUGACAGCCCUCAGGGCAUGAAGUGUUUAUUUAACUUUGGGCAUGAAAGCCUUCGUAUGAUGCUUGAUAUUGCGAGUUGUGGUCAUAUUUAUAUUAUUUUGGAGCAGAAUAUCGUCGUAUAUUUGCAUGAUAAUAUAGUUUUGUAGGUAGGAGGAGGUUUUUGGGGGUAAAUCGGGUUGAAAGGAUGAUUUUUGUGAUGUUUUAGGUAUAAAAAUAGGAUGUUUGUUCAUUUUUACAUAAAUAUUGCCAAACUAAUUUUUAAAUUUGUUUGAUUUUGCAUUAGAAAUGAGGAUUUUAUUCAACAUGACCCAAAAUCAAAAGUUUUGUUAUCAAAAAAAAGUUUUUGCCGUUACAAAACGAAUAAACAUGACCAAAACAGUUAACAUGUCGUGCUGUGGGUUUUCUUAAGAAUGUAUUGUUUUGCACAUAACAGACCCUAUCUUCUCCAUGCUGAGUCACAACAACUGAAUCAUGAAUAGGGGGAUGGUUAAUGUCAAGUUGAAUGUUUUUUCCCGAAUGGACAUUGGCCAGGCCUCGGUUUGGCCUUGCGAAACGCGUCUUUUCUCUGACCAUCCUCUCUUAUUUGCGUGCUCUCUCGUUUCUUUCCUUUUUCUCUCUUGUUUUUUCCUUUCUCUGCGCUCUUCUCGUUUUACACACUGUCUUGUUUCCUCUCCUUUUAUUCAGCGCUUUGUGGAUUUCUCUAACCGCUCUCUCUAAUAUGAGUGAUCUCUAGUCUCUUUGCACCGUUUUUCUCCUCGAUUGCUCUUUCUCUACGCACUUUCCUCUUUCCCCACACUCUCUCGUCCCAUUUAUUUUGUCUUUCCGCCCUCUCAAUUCACCGUGCUCUCUCGCCUCCCUCAGGCCAUGUUCUUGGGAGGCCGAGAACUUCCUUUUCUUGGCACCUUCGUCUUGUACUCUGUCAAACUCUUGAUCAUCUUCCUAUAUUGUUAUAGUUAUCGAUUCGAAUGGCACAAGAGAAAGCCUUCCCGUGGUUCAAACCUUUACUUUGGUUUGGAAGAGCGAUGCUUUUAACUCUUUUAUGACACAUUUUCUUAUUGUUUUAGCGCAAAUUUGUUAUUUUUUUAGGACUUCUAAAGGUCUGGGGAGAAGUUGAGCAAGGUGAAGGGUUUUAAGCGGUGAAAAGUAAUACUUUUGGGUAUAAAAAGUGAGGUUUUAAAGUUGUUUUUGGAUCGGAAAUGGGUUAAUUAAGUUUUUUCGUUUAAUUAAAAAGCUUUUUCGAAGAUAUUUUAAGUCGAAAAUUGAUUUUUUUUAAGUUUAAGGAAAAAAAUUAGGGGUGUUUACUGAUUUUUUUUUGUUUGAAGGCUUAGUUUUUAAUGUAAAAGGCAAAAAUUAGGUUGCAACUUAAGUCUGGCUAGUUAGAGCAGCGUUUUAUCUUUCUAAAGGAUACCAUUUGACUUGGCCGUUUUGGUCAGAAAGCGCGUAGAACAGUGUAUUUCUUCAGACUUUGGUGCUCUAAAUAAGGAAAAAUGCAAUUUUAAGCUAAAAAGUACCGUUUUUCAUGGCAUAUUUAAUCCGUAAACAAUUUUUGUCUCAAACAUACUAAAAAUGUACUAUUUACAAGUACUAUUGAUGGAAAAAAGGUACUAUUUAAAAGUAAAAUUUUGGCUAAAAAGGUACGAUUGAUAAGUGCUACUUAUAAGACUACUUAUGGCUUAAAAGGUACUAUUUUACUGCUGUUUAACCUCCAAAGCACCAACGUUAAGCCCUCGAGCAAUAGAAAGCGGUGUUCCAAAAACAAGGUGCAUAUUGUGUUAGAUUUCAUUGUGGGAUUAAGCGCGCCCAACCGGUAUAAUCCCGAAUAUUUUGUUUUUCGAUGGCACUUUUUCCCCGCACUUCCACCCCCCCCUUAAAUAUUGGAAAUCGCCGCGCAAAGACACACUUUAUGCAGAUUUCUUCGAGAAACCUUAAUUAACGUCAAUCUUCGGUGGCUUUCGCUUAAAAUACGGUUUUAAGAAGUCGGGUUUACGUCUCGAUUGUGGGAGUUUUAGGGGAAAAGGGCUUUUUAGAAUUAAAAUUAGUUAAAAAAAUAUAAAAUUAGGUAAUAUUUUUUAAAAUUUAUAAAUUUUGAAAGGCUAUUUGCCCGUGAUAUUACCUAAAAUUACAAUUUUCUUGUCUUUACCCCCGUUCUAUCGAUGAAAGCCCAUCAAACUCCUCUACAGAAUCUAAUAUUAUCCUACUUUCAGAUGGCGACAGCAUAAAAAUGACGUCGUCUUCGAAUCUGGAGUGUGCUGAAACCAGUACGUCGCCUUCUCUACCACAAGCUUCAGAAUCCGAUAAGCCCGAUUCAAAGCAGAAUCUGGAUCCCAACAUUGAGGUUAGGCAAUCCAGUUCGGUAACUAGCGACGAUAGUCAUGUAGCCGAUCGUCCUGAAGGCCAUGAAGACGUGGCGAGUAAUCAGAGUAAUAAUCAGGCUUCUGAAGACACAACCAAAGUACAAACGUCCAAUGUUCAGAACGAUUCAGCUACGGUGACACUGGCUUCAGAACCUCAGACGGAAUCUACAAUGAAAAUAGAAUCUACACAGAAUCAGAAUGUAUCAAAUCCUACGGUAAUUCAGGAACCAGAAGCCAUAAACAACGUCAAAACUCCUACGAUACCUACGGAGAUUCAGAAUCCGCUGGCGACGAUGAUGCAGCUACAGAAUCAGGCCAUGAAUCUCCAGAAUCCCACGAUGGCUCAGCUGCAGGCGAUGCAGCUACAGAAUCAGGCCACGAUGCAGCUACAAAACCAGGCCACGAUGCAGCUUCAGAAUCCAUUAGAAGAGCUACAACGACAUCGUGCAGGCUCAGAGCCUCUUCCCGGCACUUCUGCCGAGAUUCCGGCUUCAGAAGCCAAGAAGUCGGCUACGGUGGAGCGGACGACGGAGAUGAUUCAGAAGCAGAUGAACGAGAUCGAGAAGGAAAUCAACCGACGAAUGCAGAACAAAAACAUUCGACAGGUUUGUCAUUUUGAAUUUGGCUUCUAUUUUUAGGGUUUUGUUACAGUAUCCUGUACGAUACGCUCAUCUUUCCGUAUUUAUAAGACUAAACAUACUAAUUAAAGCACUUUCUCGGCUUUCAUGCUUAAUAAAAGUCUAAUAUCUAUGAUAAUAUUACUCAUUAACAUUGUUUCAAAACUUAUCAGACACAAAUGACACCUUUGGCGAUAUUUUAAAAUAUUUUAAAGCCGAAACGAAGUUUAACAUAACUCUAGCUAACAGUCUGAUAAGCCUAACCACCAGCUUCCUAACCUUCUCUUACUUUUGCUUUUAGAUCGACGAGGCCGAGUUGGCCCAGCUGCUGAACGAUCACGGCUUUGGCAGCUUUGUCGACGCCGCUCCCGCUAGCGAGACUGUCAAUGGGGUAAGGUGGCUGUCGUAAGAGACUAGUCCUCGAUGUUAUUUCGUUUCAUUAACUUUCGACUUUUACUAACGUUUUGUUUGUUUCGUACCUCUGUCUGUGACUUAUACCUACUACAAUAUUAUAUUAUAUUAUGGUAGAAAGGAAAACAUGUAAUCGUUGUUUUUGUCAGAAAGUAACAGAAGGGCCGUCAGUGAGCUAACAUGCUUCUCUGGUAGUCUUUCCGCUUACUUUUUGACCAAACAAGUAGUGGCUAUUCAAAUUAGUACUACCUAUAAUGUUAAUAUAAAUAAUAAAACCGUGAUCUUUCUAAUAUAGGGUGUUGUUUUGUAAUUAUUGUAAAGUAAAACACCUAAUAAACCUUCCUUUUAGGCAGCCGGUUUGCCCUACCGACCACCCUCCCACGACAGCGAUGUGUCGCGACCAACCCUAGAACAACUUCGCUCAUCCUUCAGUCCACCAACCGAACACUUCACAGACCCAAAUGCAUCUCACAACUUCAACUUUGGCCCAACAGCCACAGGCAAUGGACUGGGACUUCACGGACCGGCUGCCUUUGCUACUAGUCCCACAUUGCCUCAGGGCAUCAACGCUCCAAUCGGCGUCUAUCCGAUGGCCCAGCCCCAGAUGAUGGCCCAGUUCCCAGCCAUGUUCCCCGCCCAGAUGAUGAAGCCUCCUAACGAGGCCGAGGCCUUCUACCCCUACCCUUCCAUCCCAGUCCAGAAUGUGUUCGCCGCCCCAGCUGCGCCCUCGUCGGCCGAAGAAAUCACACCAGAAAUGGCAGCUGAACUUCUGAAGAAGAUCCAACUCCAGAAUCCACAGUUACUGGAGAAACUGAUGGAACAACAGAAAAGCGAAGCAGAGGCUUUCAAGCCCAUCGGCAUCCCAGCCCCACCUCCGCCAGGAUCGACCAUCGAACGACCAGCUCAACGGUCGAAUUCAUUGAAGAACGGCGACUGGCCUUUGAAUGGGAACGGUCAAGAGAACGGCAAACAAGAAGAAAGCAGUGAACCUGUCUGGGUCAUGAGGUAGGUCAAAAUAUGGCUUAAGGCUGGAUUUAUGAAUUUGAUACCUAAUUUUAAAAAUAUUGAAAUUAGCGUUGAUACCUAAAACAACAUUAUUGUUCUUCAGAGAUACCUUUGUGAAACGGAUGCAAAGAGAAGAAGAAAGACAAAGAGAAUUCCUAGAGGACCAAAAUGGACAAGAAGAAGAUGACAGUAAGUUUUAAAAAAUAUAUUAACUACAUUUAUUAUCCUUCUAAUAAAAAAGACGAAUAUUACCCAUUUUUCAGAAUUAAACGGAGCAGAAGACAAUAACGAAGAGGAAGAAACCUCCAAACUAUUGACAAAAGACACGAAUCAACUAGUCGAAGAGAGUAUCAAGCAGAAAAAGGCCAACAACAAGAAAGAAGGUAGGAUUUUGGGGAUUUUCUAUAUUAACCACGAUGGGUAAUAUACUUUCGAAUGUUAUUAUACGGAGUUGCAAAUUAUAACCAAAUUUUCACGCUUUUUUGAUAGAAAAAAUGUUGAUGAAGAUAACUGAACAUAUAAAACAGUAAUUUUAAAUCAAACUUACAUUUAAUAGACGUAUAAUUAAUUUCCGUACAUUGCCCAUGAUGGAUAAUAUAAACUUUAACAUUGUUUCCAUUGUCGCAAAACUCACUGAACUAACAUCUAUCUCUGUCUGAAGCACUUUUGUCAUAAAAGUGGACAAUAAUUUUAUAAAAUACGGUUCAAAAAACGUAUAUUAUGAUUGGCUUUUGACUGGUCCAAAUAAAAACUGUUUUUCCUGGACAAUUUUGGCCUGAAAUCAGAUUGUUUUUGCAUAUUUAAAUAACAAAAAUAAUGGACUAAAGAUGUUUGAUGGCUUUUUAUAAAUUAUUGGGUCGUUUUCGAGGUUUACAACAAAAAAUGGCCAUUCUUUCAUCAGUUUUUGGGAUUUUUUCUGAAAAAAAAUUAAUUUUUCGAAAAAGUGACAUGUUAUACCACCAAAUAUGUCCUAUUUAUCGAUAAAAAUUGAAAAACUACAUUAUAGUUAAAUACAUUAUGGUUUAUUUGAACCGUGUUAUUCUGUCUCUCGCUUGUCUGAACCUUGUUUUACCUAUUAACAACUUUUCUUUAAUACACCCCCACUAUAACCCUUGCUCGCUCUAUAACACCAAAAAUGGGAGUUUUAAAGGUAAGGUAUAUUGUUUUGUUACAGUAUGCCGUGAAUGCUUGUGUGAACAUUAUAUUACGUUUGGCCUGAUGUCUACGUCCAUUUUAUGACAUUUUUUUGUUCUGUCAUUGUCGUAUCUUUUGGCAUGAUUAGCGUUUAGAUGGUCGGGUAGAUGUGGAGAUUAUGUCAUUUUGGUUCUGUCAUCAUCGUAUCUUUCAAAAAUGAAAUUUAAACUUAAAAUCAAAGCGUAAUUUAACCUGAAAUCAAAACUUUUAGUUAAAGUUCAACGAAAAGUCAAAAAUCGAUAUUUCGACGAAAUGUAAAUCAAAAUAUUGAUUUUUUUUAAAAAACUUUACAAGUAGUUAAUCAGGUUUUAAUUUGCAUUUGAUAUUCGUAUUUUACAUUAAAAGUGACAUAAUCAACCACAUUUUUUGUUUAUAUGUAUACCUUGCAAAACUACAGUAUGACUAAUUUUUUGGUUACAGUAAUGGUUCAUGAACCUGCAGUUUUGAUCGAGGGCGUUCUGUUCCGAGCACGGUACCUGGGUUCAACUCAAAUGUCAACAGAUGGUCGAGCUACAAAGUCGAGUCGAAUGUCACAAGCUCAAGAGGCGGUUGCCAGAGUGAAGGUGGGUUACUGUAGAGGGGUACUGUAUUUUUUAAAAAUCAUUGCAAAAAUGUGAUUCAAAAGUAAUGAAAAUAUAUUUUUAAACAUUUUUCAACUUUUUUAAGCAUAAAGUGUUUAGACACGGAAUGCCAAGAAUGGCGGGAUUUUUAAAAUUUAAAAAUACAGGGUGUGCCAAAAGUCCGUUGACUCAUUAUUUUAGUCAUAUAUUUAUUAAAACAAUCAAUAUACUUAAAACAACAACUAAAAAUAGUAACAUAUAGCACUAGUUAUAACAUAGUCAAGCGGUUUCGAAGUGGCCCCUCUUUGCCGCCAUGCAGAGGCGUAAACGCUUCACAAAGUUUUAGGCGAUGGGCCGCAGGUCCUGAGGCGUAAGUUUGUCCCACUCUUCGAUCAAUGCUUGUUUUAAAGACUCCAACGUUUGGUGUCUUCUACAACACACCCUUGCCUACAAUAUCGACCAAAUACUUUAAUCCAUCAAGUUGAGAUCGGGGGAGUACGGAGGCCUUUCAGCUGAGAUGAUAAAGUCCGGAAAAUGGGUCCGACACCACUCCUGUGUUGUUUUGGCUUUAUGGGCUGGCGCAGAGUCCUGUUGAAACGUCCAUUUGGUGUUCCUGAAGUGUUUUAGGAACCAAGGCAGUACUACGACUUCCAGAAUGUCUUUUUGGUACCCUUCUUUAUUGAUUUUUACUCCUUUAUCAACAAAAUGAAAGGAUUUUUGCCCGAGGCGCAUACUCCUGCCCAAACCGUAAUGCCCCGAGGGUGUUGACGGUGUUCGACGAUGGCCAAGUCUCUAGGAGGCUCUGUAGAGUAAUGUCUGUCAUUUUGAUGGGUUAUGUGCCUGUUCCAACGUGAAUAUCUUCUCAUCCUAAUGGGACAAACUUACGCCUCAGGACCUGCGGCCCAUCGCCUAAAACCUUGUGAAGCGUUUACGCCUCUGCAUGGCGGCAAAGAAGGGCCACUUCGAAACCGCUUGACUAUGUUAUAACUAGUACUAUAUGUUACUAUUGUUAGUUGUUGUUUUAAGUAUAUUGAUUGUUUUAAUAAAUAUAUGACUAAAAUAAUGAGUCAACGGACUUUUGGCACACCCUGUAAUUAAAUUUUAUUGCUUUAGGCACCAGAUGGAGACGUACAGCCGAGUACGGAGAUUGACUUGUUCAUAUCAACUGAAAAGAUUAUGGUAUUAAACACGGACUUACAGGUGGGUUACUGUACCUUUCCUACUGUAUUGUUUAUCCCAUUUUGGCUUCUUGUAGCAACGACACAACGUACGAUCAUUGUGUUACAGUAUCUUCGUACGGUACAUUUUUGAGUUGAAAAACAAACUUAUUUUGUAUGGAUUACUGUGGUAUCUUGUACAUGGUUUUAUCAUGUAUUAUACUGUGGUGCGAUACUACAUUAUGGCACUUUGAUACAAUACUACAGUAACCCUUUUAACGAAAUUAGAUGAUAUAAUAUAAACUUAUAGUACUGUAUAAGAUUAUUGUAACAAUGCUUGUACUGAAACAUCCUUCUCCCGUCUAUGCUCGGCUUUUACCGUACAUUCAUAGGGUUACUGUAAGAUACGACCAUGUUGAGUGUAGUGUCUGAUUGUUUUUGUGUGCAGCUGCUAGAUCGGGUUACUGUUGGUUUUGUCUUUUAUUUCAUCACGGUAAUUAUAUAGUAUUACGAAGAUUACUGUAGUUUAGGCUACUGUAGUUUUUAUAGGUUUUUGUAGUUUCUAACAUUUACUGUAUUUCUUGCUUUCUUAAACAAUUACUGUACUUAUUUACUUUGUCUUAUCAGUUAAAAGGGUUUUGUCUAUUUUGGGCUUGUAAUACAAACGAAUCAUACUGUAUUUUUUAGAGGAUUUCCGAAACAGACGUCCGACAGGUGAGUACUGUAACAAAUAGUAGUAUUGCCUGUGUUACUUUUCACUUACACACUAACUCUGCACCCUUCCUUUUAUUAACUCUCUUUCUUUUGGGAUACGGUAAUCAUUUCUCGUCGCUUCGUGCUUUUUUCAAUUGUAUUUUACGUUUUUUUAAGUGUUCAGCGUGGUGAUAUGCAAAUUUGUGUUGUUUUGUGGUUUAUAUUUUGAUAUUUUACUAUAAUAUUUUAUUCAUUUUUACAUGAUUUUAGUUAAGUAAAGUUCUGUUACGGUAAUGCAAAGUCGAAUUUUGCAAAAAAAGCAAACUGCAGAGUGCGCUUUUAGGGGCGCAAGCUGAAAAAGUUUAAAUUGACAUUAUUGUUUUGUUUGAGUAUUAAGGGCAUAAAAUUAGGUGUGUAACGUGAACUUUUUGUCAUUUUGGAUCAAAAUUAUUAUUGUUUUUGCCAUAGUAUCGUUGGCGUACUGUAACAUCAAAAGUUUUAAAAUUGUUUUGUUUUUAGUUGGAUCAAAUAAUUCUGAGCUACUUAAACCUGAAAUGUGCUUCGAUGUAAAGAGUUAUAUUAUAAAUUAUAUUAUUCAUAAUGUAAUUAAGAAAGACAUUUCAAUUUGGUGUUGCUUUGUUUAACUUAUCAUUCUUUUUUAUUAUUUCUGUCAUACUGUACUACAUAGUACCUACGAUUCAAUACACAGCAAAAAAUUAUUUUUAUAAUCGCGCUGUUUAGUACAGUACUAUUGAGCACUUUAACCCUUUUCCUUUUAGUUUCUUUGUUUUUCACGGCUUUUGAGUUUGCUGUUUUGUACGGUAAUAUAUCGUAAUUUUACUGUAAUGUGGUACUGUAAUAUAACCGUUUUCUGUUUGUACCGUAUUUCUUCUGUAAUAUGGUUGUACUGUAAUUGUGUUACAGGACAUUCUGAUGGACCAUGCGCUACGGAGUGUGUCCUACAUCGCUGACAUUGGGGAUUUGGUGGUAUUGAUGGCUAGAAGGUUGCCACAGUCUUGUAAUGGCAGCGACGAUGAAGAGUAGGUUACUUAAUUAAUCAAAUAUAAAGGAGGGGGUUACUGUAAUCGAAGUAGGGGUUUACUGUAGUCAAGGAGUAUGGAUGAGGAGGUUACUGUAAUUAAUGGGUAUGAACGGGCAGAUUACUGUACUCAAAGUAAGGGGUCACUGUAAUUACGGAAGACCAAGAAAAAGGUUACUGUUGUAAAAAACUUGUAGAAUGGUUUUCUUUUGGGAUACUGUAAUAAAAUAUAUUUAAAACUUCGGUUUUUGCAGUAUUUUACAGUAUUAUGUUUUCAGCCCGGAGGCGAUUCGUCGUACGCCGCGUCUCAUUUGCCAUGUGUUCGAGUCGGAGGAGGCUUCAUUCAUCGUCCAGUCCAUUGGCCAGGCCUUCCAGGUGGCCUACAUCGAGUUCCUCAGGGCAAAUGGCAUCGACGACCCCGCUUGCCUCAGGGAAAUUGACUAUCAGGUAGGGAUGUUGUUGUCUAUACUAUUAUUAUUAGGUUGUUCAUGUAAUUCUGAGCCUCUUCUAAUAAUUUUCGGGGUCAGGGGGCUCAGAAUUUUUUGAACAAUUUAAUAUUAUCUAUUACUUAUAUUACAGUGUUAUUAUUACUAUUUUCUACUGCUAUACAUCAAUAAUAUUAACCCACAAUAUUGUUAUAGGAAGUCCUGAACUCCCAAGAGCUGAUGGGCGAAGAGUUGGAGAUGUUCGCUCGAAAAGAGACCCAAAAAGAUGUUGUGGUACCAAAGAAGGUGGGAGAAGCGCUCGGAGUCGUAGUUGUGGAAUCUGGAUGGGGAUCCAUGUUACCAACGGUCGUAGUCGCCAACUUAGCACCAGGGGGACCAGCUUCUCGAUCGAAUCAGCUUAAUAUCGGAGAUCAGAUCAUAGCCAUAAAUGGGAUCAGUCUAGUCGGCCUGCCUCUGGCUGCCGCUCAACAAAACAUCAAGGUGGGUAAGGGACGUGGGUGGAAGAUAAAAUAACUUCGAAAUUUCAAAUUUUAUUUUUAAAUUUUAAAAAUUCUUCGUUUUUGAGUAAUCUUUACUAUAAGUCUAGGGCGCAGUUAGAUAAUAAAACUGCAGCCUGCAGAAUCUAAUACGACAUGGAAGUUACUGAUAUUUCCUGGCUUCAGGACAUAAAAUAGAAUAUUUAGAAGGAUUUAAAGUGUAAUGUAAAGUAUUUUACAGCCGAUAUUGUUUUAGAAUGCAAAGUCGUCGACAGCAGUCAGGCUAACCAUCGUAUCAACGCCGCCCGUCGUCGAAGUGAGGAUAAAGCGGCCUGACACCAAGUAUCAGCUUGGAUUCAGUGUUCAGAACGGCGUGGUAAGUAGGUUUUAAUACGAAAACUACAAUAUCAACUUCUUUUGUCAUUUAAAAAAAUUUUUAUAAAAAGAUUGAUUGCACGGUGCAGUCGUUUUUAAAAAGUGCAUUGCGUAAAUUUUAAGGGAAAUUUUGAAAAAUAUUUUUCAGAAGCUGAAAGCACGUCUUACUUAAAAAGGCAAUUUCAAGUUAUGUUUUAAAAUUUUGGUUAGCCGUUUUGAUACUAAUUAACAUUUUUGAAAAACUGCACCGUGCAGAACUUUUACUCACUUUUUUAACCUAAAAGUGCAAAAAUAUUAUAUUAAACAUUAAAAUGUGUUAAUCUAUACGGACAUAAAACUGAUAUCAACUGUAAACUUUGUUUACAGUAGAUAUCAGUUUACCAAAUAUUGCACUAAACUCUUAUAUUAUUGUAGAUAUGCUCCCUACUACGUGGUGGUAUCGCCGAACGUGGUGGCAUCCGAGUGGGGCAUCGUAUCAUCGAAAUCAACCACCAAAGUGUUGUCGCCGUCCCGCACGAACGUAUCGUCAACAUGUUGGCGACGGCGACGGGCGAGAUUCAUAUGAAAACGAUGCCUACGGCAGUGUUUCGAUUAUUGACCGGUCAGGAGGUACCCAACUACAUCUAG